AUGGAGGUGGUUGCUCGCGACAGUAGGGGUAGGGUGUUGUUUACCUCUGUUCGUAGAGUCAAGGCCUACUACCCAGUGGAGGUGGCAGAAGGUAGAGCUCUUCUUACGGCAAUAAAACUGGCACAGAGACACGGUUUCAACAAAGUGAUUUUAGAGUCGGAUUGUCAGGUCCUAGUUAAUCGUCUUUCCAAAGCUGACAUUUAUUUUUCUGAGCUUGAUAAUGUCCUAGAAGAUAUCUCGUAUGUAAGUAGUGGCUUUGAUUAUGUUAAGUGGUCGUAUGUCAAAAAAGGUGGCAAUAUUGUUGCUCACCAUCUUGCUAAAUUAGUGUCGAUUGGAGUCGAACAAGAUUGGGUCAAUCACUGUCCUAGGGAGGUUUCUCCAUAUGUACUCUCGGACAAUUUGUCCCUUGAUUAA